ACUUCGGAAUAUGGGGAUCCGAACGUUAAUUUUUUUUCUCAUUUUAAUUUUAAGUCUCUCCAUCACUAUCCACAACCAACCACAACCAACCUCAUUACUCUCAUCCAACCACAGCCAACCUAAUUACUAUCAACCACCAACAACAACCAACCCCAUUACUCCUUCAUCUAUAAAUUUGCUUGAUUUAAGCUUUCUUGUAUUCAUCCUCUCCUUUCAUUCUUUCAACGAAACCUUCAAAAUCAAAAUGGAACAAGAUUUGCCCACCUUCAUCCGCCCUUGCAAACUCCGAGGCAACUCUUCUGCAAGUUCUCGUCCUCUCAUUCCCGGCCCUGCUGGUGUUGUCCAGGCCGCCAUGAUUCAACGCAGCUCCACCACCGACGGACACCUCAUUCCAACCCAACAAUUUGUUAGGCGCGUCGUCGAAGACGGUCACGACACUGAUCCCGAUUUUCACUCCAAUGCUUGGCUUUCAGCCCUGCAAUUAGGCGGAUCUGCAACUCCUCUGGGUUCAAUCACUCACCAUCUAGAAAGGGUCGAUCUCAUCGUCGCAGUUAUCAAAUCAUGCACGCCAAACGGAUUCGGCGAUGUGUCAGUUACCCUGAAGGAUCCUACGGGCACUGUCGGUGCUAGUGUCCAUCACAAGGUUUUCACUGAAAGCGAAUUCGCGAAGGACAUAAAUGUUGGAUCUGUUAUGCUUAUCCAGAAGGUAGCUGUGUUUUCUCCUAGAAAAUCUAAUUGUUACCUGAACAUAACAUUGCCCAACAUAGUUAAGGUAUUCUCCAGUGACUGUGGACCUCCAUCUGAAACAUUCACCGACAUUACAGAAGAUUGAUUAAUGUUAUUUGGCUAAUUUUGAAUUAUUUGCAACUUUAAAAAAUCCUUGACCUGGAUUAUGUAGGCUAUGUUGCGUCCCUUGAAUUAUGUACGUUAUUUUGCUUCAAUUGGAUUAUGUGCGUUAUUUCACUUCCCAUUGGAUUUUGUUUGUUAUUUUACCUGAUUUAAAAAGAGAUAAAAAUGUAAUCAAAUCAAGUAAAGCGUGAUAAUGUGAAAUCCAAACUAAUAAUGCGAUAAAAGUACAGACCGAUAAUAAAGCGUGUAUAAACUAAUAAUGCGAUAAAAGUACACAUAAUAAUAAUGUCACUGCCCCCUGCCCCUACGACCCACCCUACCCCUACGACCUCUGCCUCCGCCUCUGCCACCUCCUCUAUCUCCGCCUCCUCCUCUGCCUCGACCUCUGCCUCCUCGUACACCAACGAAAGUGACGCCCUGGGUCCUGCUCAAGUCUCUGAUGACAGUGAGGCACUUCUCUAAUAAAGUGCGGGAGCGUGUAUCUCUAGGGGGACCGUCGUCGACCUCAAGUCCCUGCUCUA